AUGAGCAGCGAGCUUGACAAGCUCAUAGCGGAGAGCGAGGAGGCCAUCAAGCGGCUCGAUGCCAUCCAGCAGCGCAAGCACAACGCCACAAUUUGGCAGCGCAUCACCCGACACUUCCACAAGAACUCCCCGCAUUUGAUCAACGUGCUGCUGGCGGGCAGCCUGCUGACUGUGGCCCUGGGGCGCUUGGCUCAGAAGCAGGACUUCCAGGCGGAGAAGGAGGAGUGGGAGCAGCAGCAGCGCCAUCUGCUGGCGGAGAAGCAGCAGGUGGAGCAGCGUGCAACAGCGUUGCUGAGCAGCACAGAGGCGCUGGUGACGGGGCUGGAGGAGGCGGCGGCGGGCAAGGGGCGGCGCGACCUGCCCCAGUUUGUUCUGCAGCAGCUGGCGGACUGGCGGCAGCAGGCGGCGGUGCAGCAGCAGCAACAGCUGGGCCUGCCUGCAGCAGCGGCGGCGGCAGGGUCUGCAGGCGCCGUGCUCCUGUACCUCAUCUGCAUAGGCUGCCUCAUGCACAUCCUGGUCUUUGGCUUUAUUGUGGGCCUCUGCCUCGACCCCAUCCGCACCAACGGCAGGGCCGUGAAGAAGGAAACUGUGGCCUCGACGGUGCCCAGCAGCGUGGCCCUGACAGCGGUCAGCAGCCCAGUGGAUGCGGACGCCGAGGCCCCUCGCCAGCCGCACCAGCAGGCGGUUGGGGAGGAGCAGGAGGACAGGCACAGCGGGAUUGAAGUGGACGUGGUGCAAGCCUGCAAGGAGCAUGCCGCCGCUGAGGCCGAUGUAGAGGAGCAUGCCGCCACUGAGACCGAAGGCGCUUCCUAA